AUGCCGCCCAGGAAGAGCAAUGUAUCGGCGGUGUCAAACGAAGAGAGUCCCGCACCACCCAGAUCAGUACCCAGAGAGGAGAGCUUGGGUGUCGAGGAUCUAAACCUGCCAAAGUCUAUAGUCCAGCGCCUGGCAAAAGGCGUCCUACCACCCAACACCCAAAUACAAAAAGAUGCGCUCCUUGCUAUGAGCAAAAGCGCAACUGUGUUUGUUAACUACAUCACAUCAACCGCCGCCGAAAAAGCCCUCGCCAGCGGCAAGAAAACCGUCAUGCCGAAAGACGUCUUCGACGCAAUGACGGACCUAGAAUUCUCCUUUAUGCUACCCCGCCUCGAAGCCGAAGUCACAAAGUUCACGUCGAUACAAGCCGACAAGCGGAACACGUACAGGAAGAAGGUGCGCGAGGAGAAGAAAGGCACUACUUCCACUGAUGCAGCUACCUCCACACCGGCCAAGUCAGCGGCAAACGGGGACGUAGUCAUGGAGGGUGCGGAUGAUGGUGAGAGGGCGACGAAGAGGGUUAGGCGGGAGAGUGGAGAUGCUGGAGAUGGAGAGGUUACGGAAGAAGAGGGGGAUGAGACACAGGAUGUGGAGGAUGAAGAGGUUGAAGACGACGAGAUUGAGGAGGAGGUUGUUGGGGAGGAGUUGACGGAGGAUCCGCUGGAGGAGAAGGAGGACAACAAGGAUGAUGACGAUGACGAGGAUGGGAACGAGAGCGAUUGA